AACCAUAAAAAAUGUAUAAGAAUUUAACAUCAUUGAUCUAGAAACCACUGACAUUUCUUUUUAAUAGAACAAUCAAAUCAUUAGUAGUUUCAGGUAUAUGAUAGAUUUAGUAUUAAAAUAGAUUAAAAACCAAAAAGAAAAAGUAAGAAGCAAUCUGGUCUUUCAGCUCUUGAUGAACUAUUAUUCAGGUAUACAAAACCUGAUUAACAAUUUCUUGAUGCAAAAUAUGGAUUUAAUGCAUAAUUUAUAGUAUAUGAAACGAAGGCAAGUUAUUGCGAUUUAUCUAAAUCAUAUUCAGGUGAGGAUAAUGAAAGAUUUAAAAAUAAUUAUAAAAGCAUAGUUUUACCAUUAAUAAUGAUAUACGGAUGCCAUCUUUAUAUGAAUGAUGAAACCAAAUGUUUUUUUGGUUCUUCAUCUUUAAAAAAAAAUUAAUUAGAUUAAAGAGUUGUAUUACUUUAAUAUGCAGCAAACAAUCCUAUUGAAGAUAGAUACAAAGUAAAUCAAUUGAAAAAUAUUAAUGGUUAUGCUGUAAGUGUUUUCGAUGGUCAUGGAGGUUGGUAAUUAGCAGAAUUAGCAAUGAAUAUCUUACAUGAGAAAAUAGAUUAUUAUAUACUGAAGAACUAAGAUUAAAUAUUGAAUCAAGAUGAUUUAAUUCAAUAAAGUAUAUGUUAAGCUUAUUCUGAUGUUGAAUAAGAAUUUUAUAAAGUUGCAUUAUAAGCAUAUAAUAUGGGAUUUCCAUCAGUAGCUAGAGUAGGAAGUUGUGCACUUACAGCUAUUGUUGUUGGAAAUAAAGUAUAUAGUGCAAAUUUGGGAGAUAGUAAAGGAAUUAUUGUGAAUGUCAGCAAUAAAAGUAUAAGUUUUGUUAAUUUUUAAAUAGUGAAUGAAAAAGCUUAUAAAAAAAUUAAUCAUACUUUAAAUGCAAACUCAAAAAAAGAAUAAAGAAGAUUAAAAUCUGUUUUUUCUGAUGAUGACAUAGUUGUUUGUAAAAAUGGAGAAAAAAGUUGUUAUGUUAAAGGAAGACUCUAACCAACUAGGUCUUUAGGCGAUUUUAGAUUGAAAUUCUAAGAGUUUAAUAAUCCUAAAAAUGUAUCUGAAGAUAAAGGAUAUUUAAAAUCUAUCUCGAAUUUUAAAGGACCAUAUAUUAGUGUAUCAUAUCUUAUAUAUAUAAAUAUAGUCUACACCUGAUUAGAAAGUAUUUGAAAUUCAAAAAGGAGAUAGAUACUUAAUUUUAGGAUCUGAUGGAUUAUGGGAUGAAUUAUCUAAGUCAGAAAUCUCUAAAGUAUUUUUAAGAUAUAUAUUUUAAGAUUGUCUAAAAGAAUUAAAAUAAUAAAGAUGAAAUCAUAAAAUAAAUAUUUGAAGAAUCCUUAUCUCAUGCAGCCAAAUCAAAUAAUAUGUCUGAUGAGGAUAUUAGAAAAAUACCAUUAGGCAAAAGAAGAAAAUUGCAUGAUGAUAUCACUGUUAUUGUUGUUGAUCUUUAAGGUUAAAUUUGA